GUUAUGCAAGAACAGUGGUGGGGCGGAAGGAGAAGCAAGUACCCAGCUGCUUUGCACAUCAGAGUGCCUGAAAGAGAGCAGCAGAUUGGAUCAGAGACAAAACCACAGCAGUAUCUUUUGCUUUCACAAAAUCAUUCAAGCUGUUUGCACUGUCCCACCGGUGCUCUUGAGUUUUUCCCCCCCCCUAAGAUGCGGCUUGGGUGAAUAAUAUGAUCUAGCUCUGAAGAACCCUAGGAAGAAAGACGAAGCCUUCUGCCUGAGGCGUUUCCCUCUGUCUGAUAUGUGCUGGAAAUGAAGACCCUGCCUGCCAUGCUUGGGACUCCAGCGUUACUUAGGGAACUCUUCAUCCUCAAUCUGGGCCUCUGGAGCAUCCUUUGUCAGGAACCUACUAAGAGUAAUGGUGAAGCGUCAUGUCAAAUACAACUUAAUGUUAAGAGGAACUCAGAGUACAAUGUCUCAACAGGAGAUAUUUUAAAAAUUGAAUGUCCCGUGACAUACUGCGUUCAGAGACCUAAUGUGACUUGGUGCAAGCAGCAUAAAACAAACUGUUUACCCCUUGAGGAGCGACCUCAGCUACACAUGAGUUGGGAAGAAAAUGACCGGGUUUCAGUUUUUAUUCUCUACUUUAAACAAAUAAAUCUCACUGACAGCGGGUUAUACAGCUGUUCUACAAACUUUAACUCUGAUGUUGUUAAUAGCCAUGCAAUAGCCAUCCAUGUGAGAGAAAGGACUCAGAACUAUUCAGAAGACCCUCUAACAGUGUCUGGCAUCCCAGAUACCACCAAUGCCUCAGGACCACCCACCAGAGAAGAGAGGUCAGGCAGGACCUGGCUGCUUUACGUCUCGCUUCCUUUUGGGGCAUUGCUUUUGCUCCUUGCCUGUUUCUGCAUGGUCUGCUUUCUGAAAAGGUUCCAAGGGAAAGAAAAGAAGCCUUCUGACUUAGCAGGAAGGGAAAUUAACCUGGUUGAUAUUCCACUGAGUUCCAGGAUGAAUUCCCAAACACUGCCAUCAGGAGCUGGGGUUUAUGAUAAUGAUCCCUGGUCCAGUGUUCAACAAGGGUCUGAAUCCACAAGUAACUCACAAUUGGAGCAAGGCAAACAGGGCGUUGUUUACGCUUCUUUGAACCAUUCUGCGAUUGGAAGAAACCCAAGACAGACAAGCAACGUGCAAGAGGCCCCCACAGAAUAUGCAUCCAUAUGUGUGAGAAGUUAAACCUGCCACUGGCAUGGGUUGUGGGUACCACAUGAGCAUGUUGUCAGGACCUCCAUUGUCAAUUAACCUUCCGCUGGUGCCGUGUCUUAAAGGCCCAUGAAAUAUUUAGUUAAAAUUUCUCCUGAAAACUUGGGGGGAGUUUUAUACAAGAACCUUGAACAGCAGACUUUUCACUUGGAAAACUCAUAUUCCAGAUUGCAGACCAACAGAACAUUUAAAAUUGACCACGUUGUACCCAAUACGUGAAUUUGACACACUGGAGGGACUCACAGGGAAGAAAGAAGUGUGUUAUUUGGAUCUGCUCACUACACAUUCAGGAAAAGGAAUGGCCCAAUUUGACUGACUAAUCAUAAAUACCAUAAUGAUUGUAUAUUCUCAGCCAACCUUUCAUGAAAAGAAUUCUCCAUGUCAAUCUAUAGCUCAUAUUUUAUUUUUUUAAUGUAAAAGAAAAUUAUCUUUGACUCAAUUCAGAAAAAAAAAAAGGAAACAACUAGAAAGGAUAAUUGGUACAAUACGGAUACAGAAUAUGCCAAACAGAUGUGGGGCCAUUGGUCAUUAUCCCUGACAACGAGUAGCUCAUCUUCACCCUAUUAGAUUGAGAAAGUCAGGUAGUACAAGGAUUUGUCAAUGUAUAGUAAAUGCAUUUGUAUCCAAAGUGGCAGUGUUCAGAUUAAAUACAAUAAUGCACACGAUUCAAUGCUGAUGAACUAAUAUACAAAUAGGCCUAUGAGUAAGAGUCAAUGGGAAUAGAUAUUGUCAGGCAAAUCCAGAUUAACGUUUAAAGCACCUUGAGAGUAAACUCAAAGGACAAGUCACGAAGGGCAAGAGCCUGGAAUAUUAAGGGGUUGACAUACUUUCAUUUCUUGCUUCUUAUGAAGUGAAUAAGAACAAAUCACAUGUAAUGAAACUAUGUCCUAUGGAGAUCAUUUAGGUUUAAAUUCUGACACUGCAGCUGCUUGAGAAGAUAGAUAGGAUUCUUCAGGUGUUCUGAAUUUCCAGAUUACUUGAGUCUAAUUACUUAAAAAAAUAGCUCAUGAUUUUAUUCAUCACUCGAGGUUUGAAUUUUCAGGCACUGAAUGAAUAAUGUCACAGUCUUAAUAUACAGUAGAGGGUGAGAGCUAGAAGCCACUGGAGCAACAUGAACUGCUGAGUGAGUGAAUGUGGGCUAUGUAUUUGCAUGCGUAAGCGAGUGUGUGUGUGUGUGUGUGUGUGUGUGUGUGUGUGAGUUGACUGAGUUCGUGCUAGCAUGCAAAUGCAAGAUGUGGCUUCCGGAAAUGAGACAAGAGAAACCAAAUAAUUUGCCACUCUUUUUUUAGUUUGCUUAGAAGGUGCAAAGCACUAGAGCAAAUUUAUCAUUUAAGGAAAUUAUGAGAAUAGGGGUGUGAGUAGAGUGUAUGUAUCUAUAAACAGACAAUUAAGAGGCCUUACUACGGGUCCCUCCCUCAACUCCUUCCAAUCCCACCCUCGCUCCUCCUUCUCCUCCUAUGCCCCUCCCCUAGUCCACUGAUAGGGGAGGUUUCUCCUCUUCCCUCUGACUCUAGUCUAUCAGGUCUCAUCAGGACUGGCUGCAGUUUCUUCCUCUGUGGCCUGGCAAGGCUGCUCCCCCCUGGGUAGGGGGUGGUCAAAGAGCCAGCCACUGAGUUCAUGUCAGAGACAGUCCAUGUUCACCUUACUAGAGACCCCACUUGGAGGCCGAAUCUGUGGGCUACAUAUGAGCCAGGGUUUUAGGUCUUCUCCAUGCAUUGGGGAUACAAAUUGAAUAAGUUGUAAUAAAUGAUAAUAAUAAUAAUAAUAAUAAUAAUAAUAAUGAAAAAGGAAAAGAAUCCAUAAAUUUUAAAGAGAAGAAGGUGAGGGGGUACAUGAUAGGACUUGAGGUAUCUGAUAGGAUUUGGAGGGAGGAAAGGAAAAGGAAAUGAUGUAAUUAGAUUAUAGUCUCAAAAACUAUAUAUAUAUUGAAAAUAUAUUUUCCAUUCGUAAUAUAUAGUCAAAGCAGCAAUUGAUAUUUCCUUUAUCUUUAAAUCAAUAUACAAAGUAACACAUUACUUUAUAGAAUUUUCAUACAUAGUUUUGCUUGAUACUAUACCUAUUAUUCUUCCUUACCCUCCUGUCCCCCUAUGGCACUGUGCCAUUAUGCCCUGGCAUCUCCUUUAAUUUCCUGUUACAUUUGUUCUAUUUCUUACCUCCAUCCUUCACCUUUAAAACCAAUUACAUCCAUUUCCCUACAAAAUUUAUGAUUUCAUUUUUGUUUAUGGAUGAACAAAACUUUAUUGCUUAUAUACGAAAAAAAAAAAAAGAGGCCUUACUGCGUAGUUUUUCUCACCUACUGCUCACAUCACGUUUCAGUUCUCUGGAUUUGGAACAAAAGACACUCUUGCAACCAAUCCUAGCUAGGUUUUUUUCAGCCAGGUGCAUUUGUAGGCAUUUAUGCAAAAAGACCUUAGAAUAGUUGCUUUAGCUACUCAUCUUCAAAAUAGAAACAGGAAGUAUGGGUGAGGGAUGAGCACAGCACCUCGUUCCUCUUAUCAGAUCAACAUUCAAGGUGAACAAUUCUUUCAGAAUCUUCUCCAACUUUAAAAACAAAAUUCUUCUGUCUAUUCUGUUUAAAGCGUUCUUUUGAUAGCUGAAUAGUAUUCCAUGGUGUAGAUGUAGCAUAGUUUCUUUAUCUAUUCUUCAGCCGAGAAACAUCUGUUUUUUUUUCCAGUUUCUGACAAUUAUGAAUAAAGCUGCUAUGAACAUAGUUGAGCAAAUGUCCAUGUUGAAUGGGUAUAUGCCUAGGAGUGGUAUAGCUGGGUCUUGAGGUAGAGCUAUUCCCAAUUUUCUGAGAAAGGGUCAGAUUGAUUUCCAAAGUGGUUGUACAAGUUUUCACUCCCAGCAGCAAUGUAGGAGGUUUCCCCUUUCUCCACAUCCACACCAGCAUGUGCUGUCACUUGAGUUUUUGGUCUUAGCCUCUCUGAUAGGUGUAAAGUAAAAUAUCAGGGUCAUUUUGAUUUGCAUUUCCCUGAUGACUAAUGGUGAGCAUUUCUUUACAUGCUUCCUGGCCUUGUAGAGAAUUCUUCAUUUAUCUCUCUGCCCCAUUUUAAAAAUGGAUUAAGGACAUCAUGAAAUUUGCAGGCAAAUGGAUGUAUCUGGAAAAGUUCAUCCUGACAGAGGUAACCAAGACCCAGAAAGAUGUGUAUGGUAUAUACUCAUUCAUGAGCAGACAUUAGCUAUAGACUACAGUAUAACCAUACAAUCCACGGGCCUCUAGAAGCUAAGUAACAAGAAGGAUCCUAGGGAGGAUGUUAAUUUUCUUUCAGAAAAGCAAAUAGAAUAGACAGUGGAAGUAGUUAAAGAGAGGGAACAGGACUGGUGCCUACCGUAGAUGUCCUCUGAAAGACUCCACCCAGCAGGAGAGAAAGCAAAUGCUGAUGCUCACAGCCAAACUUUGGGCAGAACACAGGGAGUCUUAUGGAAGAAAGGGAGAUAGAAGGACCUGGAGGGGACAGGAGCUCCACAAAAUCAACAGACUCAACAAAUUUGGGCACGGGGGUGGGGGAGCCUGCAGAGACUGAUGUACCAACCAAGGACCAUGCACAGAGAGCAUCUAAGUUCUCUGCUCAGAUGUAGCUGAUGGGCAGCUCAGUCUCCAUGUAGCUCUCCUAGUAAGGGGAGCAUGGACUUCUCCAACAUGGACCUUGUUGUCUGUUCUUUGAUCACUUCCUCCUGGUGAGGCAGCCUUCCCAGGCCACAGAGGAAGAGUAUUCAGGCAGUCCUGAAGAGACUUGAUAGUCUGUCCAGUUGGCGAGGGAGGAGGGCUCCCCUUUUCUGAGGACUAGAGGAGGGAAAUAGGAAGGGAUUGUGGACAGGCAGGAUAUGAGGGAGGGGCCUAUGAAUGGGAUGUAAAGUGAAUAAAUUUUUAAAAAAAUCUUUUAAAAACUGUGUGUGCAUGUAUAUCUGUGUAUGCAUGUAUGUGUGGGUAUGGCAUUCAUGUGUGUGUGGUGUAUGCACACAUAUGUAUAGGAGCCAGAAGAGAAUGUCAGGUGCCCUUUUCUAUUGCUCCCUACUUUAUUGUGUUAAGGAAAAGUCUCUCUUUGAACCUGGAGUUAGGCCAGAAGACAGCAAGACACAGUGAUGGUUCCUCCUGUCCCUGUCCCCUGCAUUGCUAGGGCUAUAUUUGUGCAGGCCCACCUUUUUACAUGGGUGUGGGGAACUGAAACUCAGAUCCUCAUGAUUUCACAACAAGCACUCUUACUUGUUGAGCAUGCUCUUAAUAUGUUUUACAUUGAAAGAUACUGACAGAGAGUUCGCCUCUAUGAAUAAUCAAUUAUGUUUGUAUGGUGCUUGUCAAAAAACACAUAUCAUUUAUACUCAUUCCUACUUUAGUAAAUAUGUGUAUGUCUUCAAAUAAAUCUAUCCCAGAAUUAUUUUCAUGUUUACUUGCCUUACAGUUAGUAGUUAAUUUAAUGCUUUUCAUGAACUUGAAGAGCGUUGAUUGUUCCCAGUACAACAAAAUUGUUAAAAUUUACCUGCAUUUGAAAUUGAAGAAACAGCAGCUUAGCAGUAGCUACAACACUGGGGACGACUCCUCCUUUCUUUCCCCCAGCAAUCAGCUGGCAACAGCCCCACAGGCAGGAGCAGGCAUCGUAAGACCCUUCCCCACGAUGAGGGGCAUUGAUGGCGCCUGCCUCUUGUCAGUCUUGCUCAAGUAACGCCAGCUUCUCUGGGUUCAUGGGUACAAUACUCAUGUCAUGUCCAUAAGCCUGCAUUUUACAACACUCCUUCCUGUGUCCCCCAGUUCUAACGUUCUUUCCCCUCCCUCUUCCUUCGUCUUCCUUGAGUAUUGGAAGGGGUGGUCACAUUUACAGCUGAGCACUCAACCGUCACUUGUUACUUGGUCUUAACCCCUUGACCAGCUG